AAUUUUUACAACAAGUAGAUAUAGAAGAAAAAGCUGAAGGCAAAAUUCUAGAACAAUUAAAUAAUUUUAAAGCUGAAGCAAUAAAUGUGAAACAUAUACCUCAUUUAUCAAGUAUUCAAUUUUUAAUAUUUGGUAUUCAAAAGGUGGGUAUCGAUACUAGCAUUAUCAUUAAUACUAGUGCUUAUAAUGAUGCUAAUA